CAAUAAACGUUUUGGCUCAUUCAUCAGGUCUCAGUCUUAUCUGAAAACUAAACAGCUGUUUAUCGUAAUCAUGAAAAUAACACUGAGAUCAGUCUGACUGAACUCUGAAAAUCACUGAGCGUUAUUUCACAGAACCAUAAUUACAUUAACUCAAACUGAACGACGCAGAGUUAAUCAGUAGUAUAAAUAUCAUUAACUCCCAGACUAAGUGCGUAUUUUGCUUGUUCCCGUUUCCAUCAAAAAUCUUUUGUAACACAACUAAUUAUCUUAUCUCCCACCGCCCCUGAAGGCAGUCGCUUGUGGGGCUGUUGCCACGGUAACUGUCACAUACUUAAACUAGCUAAUGUGUGUUUUGGCUAAACGACAAGUUUUAUUUGUACCUAAAGAUGGCGUCAAGGAACAUCGACCCUUUGUCGGUGGAGGAGCCAUGGGAAGGCGGAGAAGAGGAGAGGGAGGAAAAGGGGAGAGGAGCAGGAGGAGAGUUGAGCUGGGAGUCUCAGGUCCCAGUGAAGGUGUUGCAAGCUCACCGCGAUGCUGUGACCACAGCUCGAGUCUGCUGCGACAAUCACUGUGUCCUGAGCUGCUCCUCAGACUGCACCGCUGUCCUCUGGGAUGUGGAGAGCUGUCAGCCUCUGAGGACGUUUGAUGGAGUUCACAGUAAAGCCAUCACUGAGUGUGCUCUGAUCCCACACAGCAACAGGAUGGUCACAGUGUCCUGGGAUAAGAAGAUGGUGGCCUGGGACCUCGAGACCGGACUCACUCUGUGGAAAUCGAGGCAGCCCGGCCUGCUGACCUCCUGCAGCUCCUCGUCUGACGGCCGGCUGGUCGUUUGCGCUGUAAAUCCUCAGAAUGGCGUUUCCAUCUGCGACGCCGCCAGCGGACAGAUGCUGCACCACGUCAGCGAUCUUCACCGCUCCUUCAUCACUCGAUGUCGGUUCGACCCUCAGAGCCAGCGAGUGGCCACCGUCUCUGUAGACCGCAGCAUCAAACUGUGGGACCUGCGGGCGCAGAAAACCACCGUGUCCAUCGACAGCCUGCUGCUUCACCAGCAACGGGCACUUCCUGUGCACAGCGUCGUGGGACAAGACGUUGAAGCUGUGGGACCUGCAGGCGGGGGGUUCCGAUCUCACGGCGGGACGCCGCUGCAGGGAGGCCACGAAGGCAGCGUGAGUGCCUGCUGCCUCGCCGCUGCUGACGCGGACCUCCUGGUGUCCGCCUCCUACGACAGGACUGUUGCUCUCUGGGAUUUGUCGUCUCUCUGUCAGACUCUCGUGCUGAAGGGCCACAGUGACUGGGUGACAGAUGUGUCAGUGAGUGCUGACAGGAAGUUGGUGGCUUCUUCCUCCAAGGACGGGACUGUUCGACUGUGGGACAUAGAGAACAUGGAAGAAAUCCCAGAGGUCAUGAAGAAGAGGAACGCUCAGGGAGCGGGAAUUCACAUCCUCAAGUGUGAAGAGUGUGGAAAGCCGUUCCCAUUGUCCAGACUGCUGACCUCAGAGCUGCUCACGCAGUGCGUCUUCUGUCGCCUCAAAUCGCCACCCAGAUACCGACCGCAGCCGCCACCACUUACAUGACUUCCUGUGCGGGAGGAAAUGUUGUACUAAGUUUUGCAAGGUGUUUGGUGGCUCAUAUAAGCUUUACAUCACUUCCACUUUCCCACGCUGCCAAGCUCAUGAAUCCAGUCUGAGGUGUUUCUGUGUGGACUUCAUAUGUUCUGCUGCGUCUGUGGGUCCUUCCCAGUCUAAAGUCAUGCGUGUGAUGAUUCGAAGUUGCCCGUCUGUGUAAGCUCUCCAGGAUGUACCCAGCUGACCCACGUAGGUGGUUACACAGCAUAUCAAUAAAGAGAGAUCAUUAGAAGGAAGCAAGUAUGAUUUAUUGAAGUACAGAAUUCAUUUUGAGAUAUUUGUCAGUUAGACUCUGAUGGCAUUGAAUCCCGGCGGGGAUGGGGAUUAGUGCAGGGACGCCAGAGUCUAGACACUGGUGGUGGAGAUGAAGAUGGAGGCUUGAAUGGAGGAGGUGGGUUGCACAAAGGCAUCUGCAAGUGAAAUGGCAGAUGUGCACUGAGAUUUAAAGUACGUGUAAAGGUUGAUUGGCCUGAAACAUGAUUGGACCAGACCAGCGAUGUCACAAUCAGCUUGACAGCAUGGGAAAGUGGAAGUGAUGCGAUGCGUAGAUUAGCCACCAAACACCUGGGUGUGUCGAACUCACCUGAAGUGACGCCUGAAAUGCGUCUUUGAAUUUCAGUAACUUGUAGCUUUUUUAGAUAAAAGCUGAGCGUAGUGGUUUAUGAUGUCAUCGAGCUUUAGUUACAUGCACACGCACGCACGCACGCACACACACACACACACACACACACUACAGGCUGUUAUGUGAACAGUGACCUUUGUAUUGCAGACGUCUGUUUUAAACUGGAUGCUGGAGAAAAGGACACGACUGAUUCAGAUUUCAUGCACAAACAUACUUUAUAACAUUUGAAGCUAUUCAGUCUUUAAGUUUCUACAGAAAUCCGUCAGAGUCUGCGAUGACGUCUGCAGUGAGGCGGAGCUGCUGCCAGUCUUCGCCGCAUCAUUCGUUUCUGAGCGCGACUCCUCUGCUGUGUUACAAAGCACCAAAGGUGAGGUCACAUCAAUGACUUGAUUUGCCACAAAAAUGUGAUUUUAGUCGAGUCGUGUGUUUCAUAAUUUGCGUUCGACGAGUCUGUUUUCUUUGCACUUUUUUCCACGUAGAAACUUUUCCACCUUUGACAAGCAGAAAAACUUAUUUAGACUUUUUUCUUCACAUUUGUUUGAUGCGCAAACUGAAA